UAUAAAAACGUAAACAAAAUGUAAAAGCAUAGCACUUUUUUAAAAUCAAUUUUUUACUAACCUGUGUUUAAUUUAUGAAAAAACUGCAUGUGCUUUCUGUAGUGCAUCGAUUGGAACAGCCGUUCUCAGCCAAGUGUGUAGUAUUAUAUGACGAUAGAAUGCAAGUAAAAUGCAAAAAGUGUUCCCAUAUGCUGAUCGACGUAGACAUACAAAAUAUACUAGCCGUCCACCAGAAAAGCCCCGGUACUAUCAUCGAUUUACAAUGUGCAACGGAGGUCGAAAACAACGAGCUUUUUAUUCACGAGGACCACCUUUCCGACUGGAUGCACGCGGAAAUCGAACGGUCUCAGUGGACCAAGGGAAAGUUCAAAUGUUUCAAAUGCGGUAACAAAAUUGGAUCCUUCGAUUUCGUGUCCGGUAGCAGAUGUAAAUGCGAAAUGCAAACUGUUCUACCUUCAGUGCAUUUCAUCAGAAGUAAAGUAGAUCUACGAAUGUAAACGUAAACAGUGUGCAGUUUUGUUUUCAAAUAAAUAAAUUUAUUUCAAACUCUUAGGCGUAAAAGAUACAAAAUAUUUUUUUGUGUUUUACAACUAACCUUAAAUUUUACUAGAAAUAUGUACGAGUUUACUAUUUCAAAGACAAA